CCUAGGACUCGAUGCUCCCCUCGAUUCAAACCGGGACGCUCUAGCCAAACCCACUCCCCGUUAGAAAACCCCACGUAACCUUCGAACGUCCCCAGCUCUAUGGUUCGGCGCCGGAGACCGAAGGGAAAAGAGGGACGCCGCGCGGGGCAGGCAGGGAAGGCCGACCGUUUCCGCUGCCGCUUCCGCCGCUGCCGCCAUCUUGGUUUCCUUCCUCGGGAGGGUCGGCGCUCGGCGGCCUCGGCGGCGAUGAAGCCCCUUCUGGUGCUGGCGCGGUGCAUCCCCAAGAGGUUUUAUUCUGUCCAGGCUGCACCCAAAAUUAAAGGCUCUGCAGCACCCCGCGUGCAGUUACCCCCCGAGGAACUUGAGAUUACAAAAUUGUCAAGUGGCUUGGUGAUUGCCUCUUUGGAAAACCAUUGUCCAGUUUCUAGCAUUGGCCUCUUCAUUAAAGCAGGCAGUAGAUAUGAGACUUCCAGCAAUCUGGGAACGUCGCAUCUGCUCCGUCUUGCAACCAGCCUGACCACAAAAGGAGCUUCUUCCUUUAAGAUUGUCACCGGCAUUGACAGUGUUGCUGCUAAUCUCAGUGUGACUGCUACCCGGGAGAACAUGGUUUAUUCCGUUGAAUGUCUGCGUGAUUACAUUGAUACUGUGCUGGAAUAUUUAAUAAAUGUCACUACUGCUCCGGAAUUCAGGACGUGGGAAGUAUCGGAACUCACUCCCCGUUUAAAAAUUGACAAGGAAAUUGCCUUUCACAUCCCCCAGGCCUGCAUUCUGGAGAAUUUGCACGCUGCAGCUUACCGAAAUGCCCUGGCUAAUUCUUUGUAUUGUCCAGAUUUCAUGAUCGGCAAAAUUACAUCAGAACAGUUGCAUGCGUAUGUCCAGAACAACUUCACUAGUGGACGCAUGGCCUUGGUGGGACUCGGUGUCAGCCACGCCGACCUGAAACAGGUUGGAGAACAAUUCCUUAACAUUCGCAGUGGGGCUGGCAUGGCCGGCGAAAAAGCCAAAUAUCGCGGGGGUGAAAUACGAGAACAACAACGUGACAACCUCGUCCAUGCGGUUGUAGUCGCAGAGGGAGCAGCUGUCGGAAGCCCAGAAGUAAAUGCCUUUAGCGUCCUUCAAAAUAUCCUUGGAGCAGGACCUCUUAUUAAGAGAGGAAGCAGGAUUACCAGCAAACUUGUCCAGGAAAUUACAAAGACAACUUCCCUACCCUUUGAUGUAACCGCAUUCAACGUGAAUUAUUCUGAUUCUGGUCUUUUUGGCAUAUAUACCAUCUCUCAAGCUUCAGUCACCAGGGAGGUAAUCAAAGCCGCUUUGAAUCAAGUGAAGGCUGUUUCCGAGGGUGGAGUUACUGAGGAAGAAGUGAAAAGAGCCAAGUAAGUUUCCCACCUCCCCACUCCCCCAA